AUGUCCGGGUCCCAGGCUUGCCUGCCUCCAGUGCUCCUCUUGGCCAUGUGCUUCUGCCAUUCGACGGAGGUAGCCCACAGCAUACAGCAAAGCUUCAAGAGUGAGCUCCUCAACUUUUAUCAUACAUUCAUCCUCGCAGACGGCAAGGAAACCACUGUGCACCUCUUGGAAGAUGUACCCAAAAGGUACUAUUUUGUUUUAGAGAAAGGCAGGACCUCUGCACCGUUCACUGUGAGAGUGACUCCGUGCGAUGUCCCCGUUGAGUGGAGCAUCCGGGUCCAUAAGACUUCAGCAAACUACCUUGGAAAAGCAGCACGUGAUAAUUUGGACGUUCAGGAAGCCUUAAAGUUUCCAAAGACCAUGAAGACUGUGUCUACUCUCUUCAGCUACAGAGGCAAUUCUGUGGAGACAUACACGGGAACAUCUUACUAUUCCGCUGUCUACGUGCUGGAAUUCCUGUCCAUUGAAAGAGACACCCAAAUCACGGUGUAUCUAACGACAGACACAACUUCUGAGCACCUGUAUCCAGAACUCCCAACGGAUCCACGCAUAGAUGUCAUCGGCAUAGGCCACACCACAGUAACCCUAGCUUGGAAGCAGAGUUCGACAGCCCUGCAGCACAAAGAAAAUGUCCAGUAUUGUCUUCUGGUGAAUGAAAGGCAUAACUACAAGAGCUUAUGCGCAGCGGAAACAGCCCUAAGACCUUCUGGGGUGACGUCGUCGCAAGCGUUAGCGCUCUCACUAUCCCCCUAUGUCCUGGACCCUCAGCAAGUGAUGAUCUCGCCCAACGGCGAACUGAGCCUUGUUGGCAAAGCUGGCAAUGGGGAGGUGAGGCAGAUAUGUGUUGGCACCAAGAAGACCUACACAGUCACCAACCUGAGUCCCAGCACUCAGUAUUACUUUGAUGUGUUUGUGGUCAACUUCCUCACCAACGCCAGUGCUGCCUACACUGGAACCUUUGCCCGAACCCUCGAGGAACCGGAGCCCAAAGCCACCAUCCUAAAGGAUGGGAAGGUGAUUCAACUCACCCUGGAUGGGAGGAAGCAAGCUCUCCAUGAUCUACAGUACCAGGCUGUGCAAAAGCAGGUUCAGUUUGCUUUUCAGUCUUGCAGUGGCCAAAUACGGGUCGAGAUAGCCAGAGGUGGGAAAGUGCUCAUGUCAGAGAGCUUUGCCGGCUUGAGGCACUUCAUGCUGAAGGGAAGGCCGGGAGACCUUUACCUGGUGCACCUGGGUUCCACAGAGCCUUCAAAUGCAUCUGUGAAGGUACAGGUGUCCUCUCUCUUCCACAGGCCUUUCUUCCCAGUCUUGCCAGAGAGUUUGAAAAUCAAGUCAUUCAGCAAGCUGAGGACUUGCAAUUCGGUCACCAUUGCCUGGCUGGGCACACAGCAGAUGAGCAAGUACUGCGUCUACAAGAAAGAGAUCGAGGAGGACCAGGUGUGGAUGGAAACCAGGAACGCCGACAGGUGCUCAGGGCCAGAGUCAAGGCAAAAAGGCGAAAAGGUGCUGUGCAAAUACUUCCACGAUCUCAAUCUCCGGCGAGCCGUGACGACCGAAACCAUCGGUGGGCUUGAAGCAGGCACAGUCUACUUAUUUGAUGUUUACCUUAUUGGGCCUUCUGGGAUUCCAGUCAGAUAUUACAGUAAAGUGGUAAAGACACGGAAGAAAUGUUGA